UCGUCUCCUCCUCGAAUCAAAUCAAACGGAACCGAAUCCCAUCUCCCCAAUAAUAAAAAUCCCCAAUUCGCGUCUCGUCUCCUCGCAAAUACGACGCGUUCCCAAAUCCCCCAAUCCGAUCUGCCUUUCCUCUUCCUCCUCGUCAAACCCUAGCCAAAUCCACGAUCGGGGCUAGCUCGUCGGCGGCGGCGAUGGGGAACCCGGAGAAGCUGAUGACCCAGAUCUUCGACCUCAAGUUCACCUCCAAGUCGCUGCAGCGGCAGGCGCGCAAGUGCGAGAAGGAGGAGAAGGAGCAGAAGCUCAAGGUGAAGAAGGCGAUCGAGAAGGGGAACAUGGACGGCGCGCGGAUCUACGCCGAGAACGCCAUCCGCAAGCGCACCGAGCACAUGAACUACCUCCGCCUCGCCUCCCGCCUCGACGCCGUCGUCGCGCGCCUCGACACCCAGGCGAAGAUGCAGGUCAUCGGCAAGUCCAUGGCCAACAUCGUCAAGUCGCUCGACUCCGCGCUCGCCACGGGGAACCUGCAGAAGAUGUCCGAGACCAUGGACAACUUCGAGCGCCAGUUCGUCAACAUGGAGGUCCAGGCCGAGUUCAUGGAGGGCGCCAUGGCCGGCUCCACCUCGCUCUCCACGCCCGAGACCGAGGUCAACAGCCUCAUGCAGCAAGUCGCCGACGACUACGGCCUUGAGGUCUCCGUUGGGUUGCCGCAGGCCGCCGCUCACGCCAUACCAGCUGCCAAGGAGAAGGAGAAGGCUGUUGAUGAAGACGACCUCUCCCGCCGCCUGGCUGAGCUUAAGGCCCGCGGCUGAGGGAUUUCACUUCAGAUAUGAUUCUCAAGCUGCUAUGAGCCAUUGUCACGUCAAAGGCUACUCAUAUUUGUUAGAUUCGUAAAUACUGUUAUGCUAAAAUGCGUGUGUUGAUAUCCCAUAUGGGAUCUGUGGACUUCAUUAAAACCUUGCUGUGUGAUACAAAUCCAUAAUAUGUGAGCUUGAGAACGUCUCUGUGUCGCUGUAUCCUAAGCCUGCCCGUUUGAACAGAAAUGUUGAAGUUGUCCAUCUUUUCACGGGAUGUUUUCCUUGCUUUAAUGCCAUGAACAAAUUCGGUA